GAUCCUGAACGCUCCUGGCUCAGCACGCUGACCACCCGCCUGCACAUGUACCUGCUGGAGCCCAUACUGACAGUGCUGCGAGCCGGCGAGCUGCUGGUGUAUUUCGUGCCGGUGCUACUCUGCUAUCCAGCGAUGUGGCUCGGCAGGCGGCGGUUCUGGUACCGCCUGCUGCGUAUGCAGAUGAGUCGGGCUGGUCCGACGUUUGUCAAGCUGGCACAGUGGGCGGCGAGCCGCACGGACCUGUUUGAGUCAGCAAUGUGCGAGGAGCUGGCACUUCUGCAUGACGCGAACACACAGCACUCGAUUGAGCAUUCGCAUAGGCAGGUCUGCCAAAUGCUUGAUAUCGGCGAUAUCUCGGAGGUCUUUGCGGAGUUUGAACCCGAGGCCCUGGGCGCUGGUGCGGUUGCGCAGGUGCAUUAUGCGCGGCUGCAUCCCGAGUAUGCGCAGAAAAUGCAUAUGGAGGAGACGGUGGCGGUCAAGGUCCUGCAUCCAAACAUGGCAUGUCGUGUCAGCCGGGACCUGCGGAUCAUGCACUGGGGAGCGGUGCUUCUGAGUCUGCUGCCUGGCAUGUCGUGGCUCAGUCUGCCCGAGGAGGUCUGCGUAUUCGGCGACAUGAUGCAGGCCCAGCUGGAUCUGCGCACCGAGGCAUAUAAUCUGGGGCGGUUCCGGGCAAAUUUUUCCCACCGCCCAGGCGUGCGGUUCCCGCAGCCGUACAAGGGCUCGCGCCAGGUUCUCAUCGAGAGCUUCGAGGAUGGCGUGCCCCUGCGUGCCUUUUUGGACAGCGACAAACGCACCUUGUAUGACCGCGGGCUGGGCGCACGUGGGCUGGACGCGUUCCUGCAGAUGCUGAUCGCCGACAACUUCGUCCACGCCGAUUUGCAUCCAGGCAAUAUUCUGGUGCGUCUGCGGCCGCCGUUUGCCGAGUCGCCGCUGGACCGCUUCAUCGAGGAGUUCUUUGACAAGUCGCCGUUCCGCCUGCACACCGAGCCACUGCCUUCGUCCCAAGAGGCCCAUCAGCAGGUGCGCGCACUAAUGGCAAAGGGCCAGGGACUGCAGGACUACAUGUCGGUUCUCUAUGCCAACGGGUAUGCUCCAGAGCUGGUCCUGCUGGACUGCGGCCUGGCGACCGAGUUGGACUCGGCGAGCCGCCGGAAUUUCCUGGACCUGUUCCAGGCCGUGUGCGAGUUCAACGGCGCCCAGGCCGGCCAGCUGAUGAUUUCUCGCUGCCGCACGCCCUCGUUGGUCAUCGGCCCCGAUAUUUUUGUGCUGCGGAUCCAGGACAUCAUCCUAAAGGUGCGCGCCGUGUCCUUCCGCCUGUCCAAGCUGACCUUUGGCGAUAUCUUUGCGCCUGUCCUGCAGGCCGUACGCACCCACCAUGUGAGGCUGGAGCCGGCGUUCACCAAUAUCAUCAUGGCCAUGUUUGUCUUGGAGGGCGUCGGCAGGCGUCUGGACCCAGAGUCGGAUAUUCUCAAGGCUGCGUUGCCGCUGUUGCGCCAGUGGCUCAAGGCCGAGGGCAGCCAGGGCUUGGUGGACUGGCAUGUGGGCAAGGUGUGGCUGUACAUUGAGGUGCGCGAGUAC